AUGACCGACACAGCGCUCGCAACCACUGAAACCGGGGCUUCCCCCAGAGAAAACGGCGGUGCCUCUGGCCCAAAGGCAACCAUAAAAAAUGUUGACAUGGAAGAGAAGAUGCAGCGGGAAAGCGUGGAAAUCGCCACUGCAGCUCUCGACAAGUACAGCAUCGAGAAAGACAUCGCCGCACAGAUCAAGAAGGAAUUCGAUAGCAAGUAUGGUCCUACCUGGCACGUAGUCGUGGGCAAGAACUUUGGAAGCUACGUGACGCAUGAAACGAAGCACUUCAUCUAUUUCUACAUCGGUGCCCUCGCCAUCCUCAUCUGGAAAUCAUGAGACCCUCCCUUGGUUUCCGUAGACCUUGUACGUCUGCUUCCGGUUUCUUCCGCAUUCGCUAUGUGAACGAGGCACUUUCAGUAGACUGUUCAAGUAGUAUCUUGAACUCUAUUGUAAACCGUUUUCGACCAACAUUACCCACUCCUCUUCAACUUCUUGUGAUUUACUAUGCUUCUC